AUGACUACUACAGACGAGAGUCCGGCGGCCGCCGUGUCCAGCGUGAAGUCCGUCUUCAGCCGCAAGGCCGUGGUCCGCAUGCAGCUCCUGAAGGAGGUGGUGGGAGGAGACUCGUACCGCAUCAAUAACAAGUAUGACGACGAUCACACUCCGCUGGCCGUGUCUGAGAUCAUCCAGAGAGCGCAGCUGCUCAUCGGUCAGGAGGUGUCCUACGACCUGCUGGGCAGUAACUGUGAGCACUUCGUCACGCUCCUGCGCUACGGGGAGGGCGUCUCUGAGCAGGCGUCUCGGGCCAUCGGGGCCAUCAGUUUAGUGACGGCUGCAGCGAGUGCGUUCUCAGUGCUGGGUCUGAUCAACACACGCUCCAGAAACAGACCCUUCUAGAGCCCGUCCGGAGAAGAUCCGAGCUCAGGGGAACUUAACUCUUGCUGUGACGCUAUGA